AUGGAUGGGAGAGAACAACAUUUUCAAUCUCUGAGCAUUUGCCGAAGGCUCUACAACAUCAUCUCGAGAAGCCUAGCCUAUCAAACCGUCAAGACUGUCACUUUAGGCCCUCCAAUGAAGCAAGGCUUAGCCCAACUGCACGAUGAAUCAAUGCCUCAAAAAACUUCGGGUAACAAUACUUCAAACAAUUUAGCCCCCUCUUUCUCCCUUGGUUGUUCAGCUGACCAUGCUGAUGUGGACAAUGGUUUCUAUGGUAAUGCAGGAAGGACACCAGAAGAGGAAACACAUGAAGCAGCAACAAUUGCACAGCAAGCAAAACCUCCAAAGAAAACGGUUAGCAUAUGCGACAGGGUAGAGGAUAUGGAGAAAGCUAUGAAGUUAAGACGAAGGAGCAAAUCGUUUGAAAAGUUGAACUGGUUAGAGCUAGCAAAAGAGGAACUAAAACAAAAACCUUUAAGAUCAAUUCUGAAGGUUGGUUCUGGUUUGAGCAAGAAGAUGGCACAUGUUUGUGAAUCUUAA